GUCACGUGGGCUGUGGGCUGGUUCCCAGGGCACGUGCUGAGCUGUUGGGACUUGGCGGGUUGUUCCGGACAGCGCGCUGUGGCUUUCACGCUGGCGGUGGGGAUCGGGUCGUUCUUCGCGUGCUCUCCAGGAACUCAGCGAUCCACCUGCCUUUGCCUCCCGAGUGCUGAGAUUAAAGGCCUGUGCCAUCACACCACCCUAACCCCUUUCCGAAAGGCCGGAGGCUCAGGCGUGUAAGUCCAGGUCCCGCUACCAAGUGAAUUGGAAGUCGUCCUGGACCACAGAUUGAGACCUACUCACAAGAACCCAUCCGUCUAAUACUAGGAACCACUGCAGCAGCCGACAUGGACAUCACCCUGUGGUCUUCUCACGAGAAGAUGUUGACACAACCCCUCAAGGACAGUGACGCAGAGGUUUACAACAUUAUUAAAAAAGAGAGCAACCGGCAGAGGGUUGGAUUGGAACUGAUUGCCUCGGAGAAUUUUGCCAGCAGAGCUGUGUUGGAGGCCCUGGGAUCUUGCUUAAAUAACAAAUACUCCGAGGGGUAUCCAGGCCAAAGGUAUUACGGUGGGACCGAGUUCAUUGAUGAGCUAGAGACACUGUGUCAGAAGCGUGCUUUGCAGGCCUAUCAUCUGGAUCCUCAGUGCUGGGGAGUCAAUGUCCAGCCUUAUUCAGGCUCCCCUGCAAACUUCGCUGUGUAUACUGCCCUGGUAGAGCCCCAUGGGCGAAUCAUGGGCUUGGACCUGCCAGAUGGAGGUCAUUUGACUCAUGGCUUCAUGACAGACAAGAAGAAGAUCUCUGCUACAUCUAUCUUCUUUGAAUCUAUGCCUUAUAAGGUGCACCCAGACACUGGCUACAUCAACUAUGACCAGCUGGAGGAGAAUGCCAGCCUCUUUCACCCGAAGCUAAUCAUCGCAGGGACCAGCUGCUACUCUCGGAACCUGGACUAUGCACGAUUGCGGAAGAUUGCUGAUGACAAUGGGGCGUAUCUCAUGGCAGACAUGGCACACAUCAGUGGGCUGGUGGCGGCUGGUGUGGUUCCUUCCCCUUUUGAACACUGCCAUGUGGUGACCACCACAACGCACAAAACCCUCAGAGGCUGCCGUGCUGGUAUGAUAUUCUACAGAAAGGGUGUACGCAGUGUGGAUCCCAAGACUGGCAAAGAGAUUCAUUAUGAACUGGAGUCACUCAUCAACUCCGCUGUGUUCCCAGGCCUCCAGGGGGGGCCCCACAACCAUGCCAUUGCUGGUGUUGCUGUGGCCCUGAAGCAAGCCAUGACCACAGAAUUCAAAAUCUACCAGCUCCAAGUGGUGGCCAACUGCAGGGCUCUGUCUGAGGCCCUCACAGACCUAGGCUACAAAAUAGUCACAGGUGGUUCUGACAAUCAUUUGAUCCUAGUGGAUCUCCGUUCUAAGGGUACCGAUGGUGGAAGGGCUGAGAAGGUACUAGAAGCCUGUUCUAUUGCCUGCAACAAGAAUACCUGCCCAGGUGACAAGAGCGCAUUACGGCCCAGUGGACUGCGACUGGGGACCCCAGCAUUGACAUCCCGUGGACUUUUGGAGGAAGACUUCCAAAAAGUUGCACACUUUAUCCACAGAGGGAUAGAGCUGACUGUGCAGAUUCAGAGCGACAUGGCCGGGAAGGCCACACUGAAAGAGUUCAAGGAGAAGCUGGCGGGGGAUGAGAAGUACCAGAGUGCUCUGAAGAGUCUCCGGGAAGACGUGGAGAAUUUUGCUUCCAACUUCUCACUACCAGGCUUGCCCGACUUCUGAGGGUAGGACUGUUCCAGGACCCUCUGAACCCUGUGCUCCCUCGAGACCACCAAGCUGCCCUGUAGUAGGCCACUGAGCCUGCCCUGUGCUUUGGAGGGUGUUUCUGGCAGGCUGUUCUUAUUUCAGAAAUCUGGGACAGGUUAUCAAGGACUAUAAAUUUGAGACUUCACUUCUCAACAGCCGUAUAUAUUUAAUUAUUCUGGAAAAAGUACUGUGUAGUCAUUUGAUCUCACUUAUUGAUUGCAGUAUGAGGCAGAGCUAUUAAAGAUUCCAGAAUUCUCCUUUC